UUAGCGCGCGGAUCACGUGAGCCUCUGUUGACACUUCCGGGUGGGACGAGAGCGAGGCCCCGGACCGAUUCGGCUGCUGGGGCGCAGGCAUGGCAUACCACGGCCUUACUGUGCCUUUGAUCGUGAUGAGCGUGUUCUGGGGCUUCGUGGGCCUCCUCGUGCCCUGGUUUAUCCCCAAGGGUCCUAACCGGGGAGUUAUCAUCACCAUGUUGGUGACCUGCUCAGUUUGCUGCUAUCUCUUUUGGCUGAUUGCAAUUCUGGCACAGCUCAAUCCUCUGUUUGGACCACAGUUGAAAAAUGAAACCAUCUGGUAUCUGAAGUACCACUGGCCUUGAGGAUGAAGACGCGCUGCACAGUGCCUAGGCACCGAGGUCACAGACAGACAGAAGCCUUCUAUGCAGAAUCACCUGCACCAGACCUCCUUCCUCCAUAGCCUACUUCCGGCGUUACCUGCCUUACACUUGAAGACCGUCCUCUGCAUACAGUAUUUUUUCCCUUCACCUUUUUUACACUUUGAAUUAUGUGCCUGCGUAGCUGCCUCUGAGAUGUGUCUGCGCUCCGCUGUUGCGGGAAAUGUGUUACUCUUGUCUUGAAGCCUGUGGCUUUGAAUAUGGCUCUUGCCAGCUCACAACAUGAGAGUCAGCGAUGUGUUUAAGAAUUGCUGCGAGACAAACAAGACUCGGCGGGACAGUCAGGAGUGCCUGCUCAAGAGAAGCUCUACCCCAGCAGAUGUACACCAAGCUCUAUUUUCAGGAUGAAUUUCUUACUUCUACAUCUUUGGGAAUAAAUUAUUUUUCUUCUUUCUAUGGAAA